AGUUGCCUGUACACCACUCCUCCUCUCCCUAUGGCGUGUUGGGCACUACCUGUCUGCCUCUGUGUGCACGUGUAGUGAAAUUUGCUGCUGUGUCUCUGUCUGUAUCGUUUUGUUUUCAACAUGUCUGUAGUUAAAACGAGUUUAAAGCUGUUCCUGUUCGCCGCAGUCACCGUCCUGGCCGUGCUGCUGCUGCGGCACUGGAUGGCCACCAAGCAGUACGUUUUCAACAAAGAAGACGUCGCCAAAUUAGCCAAACAGUACGCAGGACAGGACCAUGAGCAGGCCUUCUCCAAAGUGGUGGUGGAGCUCAGGAAGAGGUAUCCUGGCCACAUCCUGCCAGACGAGGACCUGCAGUGGGUGUUUGUGAACGCCGGAGGUUGGAUGGGCUCCAUGUGCCUCCUCCACGCCUCGGUCACAGAGUACUUGCUGCUGUUUGGUACUGCAGUGGACACAGGAGGACACUCAGGUCGUUACUGGGCCGAAAUUUCUGACACCAUCAUAUCCGGCACCUUCAGGCAGUGGAAGGAGGGGACAACCAAGAGUGAAAUAUACUACCCAGGUGACACCAUCGUACACAGUGUAGGCGAGGCCACAUCGGUCCAGUGGAGCGCCGGGACAUGGAUGGUGGAGUACGGCCGAGGUUUCAUCCCCUCCACGCUGGGAUUCGCUCUGGCAGACACCCUGUUCAGCACUCAGGACUUCCUUACAUUGUUCUACACCGUACGUGUCUACGUUAAGGGUAUGCUGCUGGAGGCCGGUACACUACUUACAGAGGCCGGAGUUUUCUGAGGCUCGGAGGCCUGCACAGGGACAGUAACAUCAAAAGUUCGCCUCAUCAUCACAAACCAUUUUACCCCGAGACCACUGACAUCUAGCAUGGGGGAAACUCUGUACCAGAUCAUUCAAGUUCAGAUACUAUACCUGGAACUGUAGACAAUCCAAAUUUGCAUCAGUACACUACAUUCAAGUUCUUGCCCCUCGUCAAGGCUGUCUGAAAUAAAGUGUUUGUCGCUUUACCCUGUGACAUCAAACUGCAUCAACAACAGUGCAGCAUAUAUCACUGACGUCUAUAAAGGCUGUACCACUAGACGAGUCCAUCAGUGAUACUCAGCGUCUUACUGUAAACAAUAAGCAUUCCUUGGAAAGCUCAGACUGCCGACAUCGCCAGUGAGGUCUUCAUUAGUUUUUAAAGAUCUGGCUUAAAGAUUGGAGCCCCAGAUACCUUUGUUGCAAGUAGUUUGCCAAAACUGAGAUACGUAUUCUGGAAAUGAGACAGCAUUUGUAAAAACCACAGACAUAUAUACGUAGUGUCAGCCCACUGCAGCUAUACGUCAACAGCGCCGCCAUAUUGGAGAGGUCAAGACCAACCUGUAAACAAAUACAAGUAAACAGGGGAGCUGCAUUUUUUCUGGAUUAAAAAUGAAACAGUGAUUCCAGAGAGAAGCAGACAGAGCGGUCUACAGUGUGUUUGAAGGAUAUAUCCAGGAUGUCAAACUGACUCAGCAGCCAAACUAUAGGCUACAGAUCACAGUGUAAAAGUGAACCACCACAUCACUGCUGAUCGCCACACAAGACAAUGAAUAUAAAGGGAAACUUUGCUGAUAUUGAACCAGCUGUGUGGCAUCGCCGUGUGUGCAGAUGAAUCAUGUUUGGCUUCACCCUGUGCCACUGGAUGGGCAGGGAUAUCCGGAAGAAGUCAUAAACCCCAAAAUAUUGCAAUCAGCUGGGAAAUAUAAACGUUGAGGUGCUUUUUACCCAGAAAAUCUGCAGCUUCCCCUUUUAUUCUCAUUGCCUCUUCAAUAUGGCGGCGCUGUUGACGUACGAUUAGGCAGCCAAUGCGGCAUCUAUGUUUCUAUAUCUAUCGUCAAAAGCCUUUUGAUGAAUAACUCUUUAGCAACCAAUCCAAAAGCUGUUAAUAAAAAGAUUAGUUGUCGACAACACAUUUGGGGACCAAGGAAUCACUUUAAAACAAAUAUGCAACAAUAAUUUGGCUUAAAAAACAAGUACAAAAUAUCUAAUGCAAAGCCAAAGCACAGUAUUUUAUUAGUAAAUACUCAUUUCAUAUUUUCAUGCAUGUGGAUUCUCAGUAAAUGAGGAUCUCUCUGAACAUCUAACUUCUUCAACCAAUAACAGAAACCAGCAUCAAGAAGCAUGUUUGCUCCAAAGAUAAAACCUCUCCUGACAUCCGGCUCCAUGUCUUCACUCACCAUUGAUGAUGUGUUUAUACUAUAUAUUUUUUUGAAAAUGUUGAAAACCUGAGGGGAUCUGGAGAAAGAAAACUGCCAGGAUGAUGUGUGUGCAAUGUCCCACUUUUUUUGGCUCAGUAUGAGUCAUAGUCAGGUUUAUAUACCAGCUCAGUGACAGCAGUGCUUUAAUAAUUACAGAUACUCUGUCAUGAUGUGCGCUUAACUGCUUCAGAGCUACUGUGCAACAGAUUGCAACUUUCACAUUUUUCCUCUCGUCUCACAACUUCAACUUUUUUUAGGCUUAAUGUACAAAGGUUCUGUCAUUGUUUUGUCUUCUCAGAACAUUGGUAGAGGGUUAUCCAUUAAGUACAAUUACAGUUGUAGCCCUGUGAUGACUUCUUCUCAAACUGUGAAGCAGAACAUGUACAGCACAUACUGUAAACACUCUAUGGUGCUGUCAAACACCAACAGAUAUGUUAUUGGGAAAAACUUUGAGAGGGCUUUGAGAGUUUUGGCUUGGGAAAUUGUGAAAAAAGCAGUGUUGUUCUGUACAUCAGACCUGUUGUGUAAAACUGUAAUUGUACACAUUUCAUUCAUUUAUUCAUUCAUUCUUUGAUUUAAUGGGAUGGAUUGAAUUUAUGAAACGUGAUUUAAUUCAAAAACUGUAUCUGAUAUAUUUCAGAGAGGUGUUGCCACGAUACUGGAACUGCUAACAGCACUAUACCCUAAAAAUGUCAACAUUAUUAAUAUUGAUCGAUAUGUAUCAAUAAAAUCAGUAUUUAUGACAACACUAAUCUGAUAUAGUUCAGAGCAGGGGUUCCCAAGUGGUGGGCCAAGGUCCAAAAGUGGGUCGUGGGUUCAUUCUGAAUGGACCACAAAUGACUUGUUAACAUGUCAAGUAAAAACCACACUUUAUUUUGACGUACAGUGAAUUUCCAGCACACAGCUUUUAUUCUGAAGUGCCGUUUCCUGCUGUAGAGUGAGUAACUAUCAGACAGCUACGUGACAGAGACAGCAAACUAGCUCGACGACAUGACAUAACGAAAGUAUGAUGCCGAAUACAUUAACCUGUGUGGACCUUGAACUCUUGACGAAGGAGAAAUCUGGUGGCCGGACCAGUUGGGAACCACUGUCUCAGAGAUUUAUGAGCUUAAACAGACUUGGUACAAUCAUUUUUGAAAAUGUAACUGUAGAGAUAAACUUGAAUAAUAUUGUGCUCUGACUAAGUGAGACCACUUUGCUGCAGUGUCCUCAGCCUCUAAUAAUUGUCUGGAACUUUGCACUAGCCCAACUGGGCAGAAACAUAAUGGUAUCCACAGGCUUCAUCCUCUACAAUCCCACAUUGUAAUACAGUAUAAUGUUGAGAAGAAGUGGCAGAAAGUCAAUGCCUUGUGGAAAUAAUAUUUCACUCAGAAUUGCACUGUACAAGCAAACACUGCUACCAAAUGCAUUGCCUCCUAGUUCAGAUGAAACAGCCUUAUUAUGCCUGAAGCUGGCAAGGAUCAUGUCGGGUUUCUGUGGGAGUGAAAUUAUACUGCACAACCACCCAAACUGGAGUUACUUGGUUUAUACAGCAGCAUCAGUAGCAGUGUGGUCCCAUGGAUGGAUGGCAAAACAUACAAAUGUGUCACUGUACCUUAAACGUUGAUGAGCGAUGUGCAAUUUACUGUAAGGUAAAGAUGAAAACUGACAGUGCCAGAGGAAAUAAAUGUUUUUGAAGGAAAAUGA